UACAACUUUCCCAAUAUGGCGGACGCGUCGACUUCGUUCCGAGUAUUUCUAGGGAUGAACCUCUCACUCAAACACGUUUGCCUUGGUGUUCUAGUACUCCAGACUUCAUCUUUAGUUCUUACGAUGAGAUACUCGAGAACGCUUCAUCAAGAAGGCGAUCAGAUGUAUAUUGCUUCUACUGCCGUAGUGUUCGCUGAGAUUUUUAAAGUUUGCGCUUGUAUAGUGGUUGUUUUUCAUCAGUCGAAGUACAGAUGGUCCGUUUUCAGAGGACAAUUACGGGAGGAGAUUUAUGAUAAGCCGUGGGAGACCCUGAAGUUGGCAGUACCUUCUGGAUUGUACACGAUUCAAAAUAAUCUUCUGUUUGUCGCUCUUUCUAAUUUGGAUGCUGCCACGUAUCAGGUUACGUAUCAACUGAAGAUUUUAACCACAGCUUUAUUCUCUGUGUGCAUGCUUCACAAAAAGUUAGGUGUUUUAAAAUGGAUUUCCCUUCUCCUACUAAUGCUUGGAGUUACUUUAGUUCAGUGGCAUCCAGAUAAAGGCAAAGAAUCUACCACAAAGGAUAUUUCAGUUUCAGGAAAGUUUAUAGGACUUAUAGCUGUUCUCACAGCUUGUUGUUCCAGUGGGUUUGCAGGAGUCUAUUUUGAAAAGAUUUUAAAAGGAACUAAGGCAUCAAUAUGGAUGAGGAAUAUUCAGUUAGGAACUUUUGGUGUGAUAUUUGGUCUGGUAGCAGUGUAUGGAAAUGAUGGAAAAGCUGUUUCAAAUCAAGGUUUUCUUCAAGGUUAUAACAAUAUCACAUGGAUAGUUAUUUCACUUCAGGCAUUUGGCGGGUUAGUAGUAGCUGCGGUUGUAAAGUACGCCGACAAUAUUUUAAAGGGCUUUGCCACGUCCGUGUCAAUAGUUGUGUCGUCGCUCGUGUCAUUUUACUUCCUUAAUGACUUUAAGCCAACAAA